AUGGCACUAAAAGAGACGUCAAAGCGCCAUCAGAGAGCGUCUAACCGAAAGCGUUGGGUUGGUGGUUUACGUCUUUUGGAUGAACCAGUAAUAAAUAGCAACGAUAUUAAGAAUUCUGAACUUAGAAUUUUUACAAGAAAGCCUCUCAAACGUCUUCAUAUUCUAAAUAAAAUUUAUAAAGAGCACAGACGUGAACGACGUCAAACCGGAAUUAUCAAGAAAAAUUAUUAUCAACUUUAUAAGCCUUCUAAAAGUCGUCUUAGUCCGAUUGGCAAAUUAGCUAAAAAGAUGAUGGACGUUGUUCUUAAAGCAAAAGGCAAAAAAGAGAAGGAUGUUAUUCCUUGGCAACAUACUGUAGAACGAAUUAAAUCAAGCACUCAAAAACAGAAUAAUAUUAAAAAGAUGCUUGAAGGUUCUGAAAUUAAAAAUAUGGAUCAGCUUGUUUAUAAUGGCUUAAAACGACAAGGAAUCGUUCAAGAAGAUUUAAACGAUGUAAUUGGAAACCCAGAAAAGUUACAACAUUUCUUGAAGAAGAAACGUUUAGAUAAGGAAAAAGCACCUCUUCAACGUCUAGUAAAUUUGUUAAGAGAUGGAAUUAAACUUGGAUAUGCAUUUACUGGUCAAAACUCUACAGAGCUCGAUAAUAAAACCUUAAAGCUCGUUUCGCCCCGUUUCUUGAGUGUCACACCGGAAGAGGGGCAUAACGAUACGGUAAAUUUGACAAACUUUUCUAAAAAAUUUAUAAAGUUGAAUUUUCUUUCUCCCUCGUUGUUCUCUUUACACGGAAAUGGGAAGGGAAUUGAAGUAAGUAAAAUUCUUAUUUUUGCCAGAAAAGGAAUGUUAAAUAUGUUUAGAAUUUAA